AUGGUUGCCAUCAUUGGAGGAUCCCAUACUAAAACCUGUCUCAACAUUGCAAUCAUUCUGUGCAACUACAAAUUUCCCCAGAUCACAUUUGGAUCACCACCGUUGAUGUAUAAUGACAACUCAACACUUUUUGUAAAAUGGAUGUUCCCCGAUGAGAUGCACCAUCUUAAAGGGAUACUGCACGUACUGUUGCAUUUUGGAUGGAAUUGGGUUGGGUUGAUUUCUCUGUUUGAGGAAGAUAGAGAGAGAUUUGUUCAAAAGGGUCUUUCCAUGUUUUCUGAGAGAGGAAUCUGCUUUGACUUUAUGGAAUGUAUUCCCAAAAUGAUGUAUGGUAGUCAAGCUGCUGAAAUGGUGGAGGAAGCAGAUAAAUUAUAUAGAGUGAUCAUGGGGAGUACAGUCAUUGCAGUGAUCUUCAAUGCUGAAGCUACAAGCAUAGUGGCUUUGAGGGUGAUACUCUCUCUCUUAGAUUCUGACGAUAUUCCAAAGGAGAGAAAAGCCAAAGUUUGGAUCAUGCCACCUCAAAUGGAAUUCACCUCCAUUCUAAUGCAAAGACCAUUGCCCAUUGAUUUUCUCCAUGGUUCAAUUUCCUUUGCACUUCACUCCAAGGAGCUAAUGGGAUUCCAACAAUUUAUGCAGAAGAGAAACCCAAACUUAGAAAAACACGAUGGGUUUAUUAGGGAUUUCUGGAAAGAUACAUUUGAAUGCUCAUUCUCCAGUGAUAUUACAGAUGGGAAUGCUGAAAGGAUCUGCACUGGAGAAGAGAAGCUGGAGACUCUUCCUAAUUCUGUCUUUGAGACCAGCGUGGGUGGACAUAGUUACAGCAUCUACAAUGCAGUCUAUGCUGUGGCACAUGCUCUGAGGGCCUUGCAUGCCUCCAAACUCAAAGAGAGUCGAAAAAUUGAUAAAAGGAGCUGGAAGUACUUCCUUCGAUCACCAUGGCAGCUCCAUCACUUUUUGCAGCAAGUCUCUUUUAACAACAGUGCUGGAGAACAGGUUUCUUUUGGCCCCAAUGGAGAAUUGGAAACUGGGUUUGAUAUUUUCAGUUGGGUCACAUUUCCAAACAUGUCCUUUCUGAAAGUCCAAAUUGGAAAGAUAGACCCCAUGGCUCCCCCAGAAAAGUUCCUUACCAUUUCUGCCAAGGAUGCGGUUUGGCCCCUCAUAUUUAACCAGCUGGAGAACUUAGAUGACUGUUUCCCAUGUCCAGAGGAUCAACAUCCAAGCAAGGAUCGAGACCAUUGUCUUCCAAAAACUGUAACUUAUUUAACUUUCCAAGAGCCGCUGGGUAUUUCUUUGGUAACGAUUUCAGUUUCCUUUUCUGUCAUCUCAGUUGUGGUGCUGAGAAUCUUCAUUAAACACCAGGACACUCCCAUUGUCAAAGCCAACAACAGGAACCUCACCUACAUUCUUCUCAUUGCUCUCCUCCUCUCCUUCCUUUGCACUCUACUCUUCAUUGGGCAACCUGACCAAGUGAAAUGUCUCUUGAGGCAAACUACUUUUGGCAUCACUUUCUCUAUAGCCCUUUCUUGUAUUUUGGGUAAAACAACCAUCGUAGUUCUUGCUUUCAUGACCACCAAGCCAGGCUCCAAAAUGAGGAAAUGGGUGGGGAGAAGGAUGGCCAACACAAUCGUCCUAUCUGUCUUCACGGCUCAGUUCAUCAUCUGUGUAGUGUGGUUGGCAAUUUCUCCACCAUUUCCAGAUUCAGACAUGCACUCCGUGGUUGAAGAAAUUGUCUUGGAAUGUAAUGAAGGUUCAACCACAAUGUUUUAUACUGUCCUUGGCUUUAUGGGUCUCUUGACUGCUGUCACUUUCACAGUGGCCUUCUUGGCUAGGAAUUUACCUGAUAGCUUCAAUGAAGCCAAAUUCAUCACCUUCAGCAUGUUGGUCUUUUGCAGUGUCUGGGUGUCAUUUGUUCCCACCUACUUGAGCACCAAGGGGAAAUAUGUGGUUGCUGUGGAGAUCUUCUCCAUUUUGGCUUCAGCGGCUGGAUUACUGGGUUGUAUCUUUUUCCCCAAGUGCUAUAUCAUUAUUCUUAGGCCUGAUUUGAAUAAGAAGGAGCAACUAAUGAAAAAGUAA